GGGAGGCGGUGGGCGUCUGCCUGCCUGGAUGAAAGGCCGGGCCGACGCCGCGGACGUGCCGGUGCCGCCUCUCCCUCCUCUCCGCCCCGAAGGCCCGUCGCCGUGUGAGGAGGAGCCGUCGCCGCCUGCUCACGGCUGCCGCCGCCGCCGCCGCUCCGCCUCCUCCUCCUCCUCCUGCCGCCGCCGCCGCCGCCGCUGCCCUUCCUUCCUUCCCUCGCUUCCCCUUUCCUGACAAGCCGCCGGCCGGGCUCCUGCUUCCCCUUCAGAUUUUUUCCUAUAGGCAGUAGUGAAGCAAAGCACAAUGGAAUUCUACGAGUCGACCUAUUUCAUUGUCCUCGUCCCCUCUGUCGUGAUUGCCGUUAUCUUCCUCUUCUUCUGGCUUUUUAUGAAGGAAACUCUGUACGAUGAAGCCCUCGCGAAACAAAAGAGGGACCAAAAGUUUCCGCCUGCUAAGGCUGAUAAAAAGAAGGCAGAGAAGAAGAAGAACAAGAAGAAGGAGGCUCAGAAUGGGAACCUCCACGAGUCUGACUCGGAGAGCGCCCCUCGAGACUUCAAGCUAUCUGAUGCUUUGGGGGCGGAAGAGGAGCAUAUCCCUCCUGCCCCUUUGGGUGUGACAGAGGCCCCCAGCGGCCUCCGAGAGAGGAAGAAGAAGGAGAAGAAGCGCAAAGGUAGCCCAGAGGAGCAGGCGCCCAAAGAACCGGACAGCACCAAGUCUGGAGGGAAGAAAGUGGAGCCAGUACCUGUUACGAAACAGCCCACCCCACCGUCCGAUGGAGCUGGGUCAAAGAAGAAGGCGGGGCAAAAGAAGCAGAAGAAUGGAAUAGAUGACCAGGAUGCCAAGACUGAUUCAUUUCUACCCCCGACUAAAAAGCAGGACCCUCUCCUGUUGCAUCAUGAGAUAAAACAAGAAAGUGUAUCAGGCAAGAAGAAAGUUUCUGCAAAGAAACAAAAGACAGAUAAUGUCAUGGCAUUGGUAGACGAGCCUUUGAUUCAUGCAACGACUUAUAUCCCUUUGAUGGAUAAUGCUGACCAGAACUUGGCAGGGGAAAAGAGAGAAGCGGCUGACUUGGUGAAACAAGAUGGGAUUGAAGCGCUGCAGAAAAGCAACUCCAAGAAGCUGAAGAAUGAAACCGACAAAGAAAACGCCGAGGUAAAAUUUAAGGACUUUCUCUUGGCUAUGAAGAACAUGAUCUUCACAGAAGAGGAGGCCUUGAGUGUGGUGGAGCUGCUGAAGGAGAGAUCGAAUGUGAUUCAGGAUAUUCUGCAGAAAGCUAGUAAGGGUGACUCGGCAGCAGCCCAGCAUCAGCUUCAAGAAAAGGACAAACUGCUUGCUGCUGUGAAAGAAGAAGCUGCCACUGCAAAGGAGCAGUGCAAACAGCUCUCACAGGAGCUAGUUUCAGAGAAGGAAAGAAGCAGCUUAGUGGCAGCAAAGCUGAGAGAAAAAAUUGGCACCCUGGAAAAGGACCAUGGAGUCUUUCAAAACAAGAUCCAUGUAGGCUACCAAGAAAACCAGCAGAUGAAGAUGAAGUUUCAGCAAGUUCGUGAGCAGAUGGAGGCAGAGAUUAAUCGCUUGAAGCAAGAGAAUGGUAUCUUGAGAGACGCUGUCAGUACUUCCACCAACCAAAUGGAAAGCAAACAGUCGUCAGAGCUCAACAAAUUGCGCCAAGAUUGUGCUAGGCUUGUGAAUGAGUUGACGGAAAAGAACAACAAAUUGCAGCAGGAGGAACUCCUUAAGAAGAAUACAGAACAAGCUGUUAAUCAACUAAAGGCGCAACUACAGGAAGCUGAGCGAAGAUGGGAGGAAAUGCAGAGCUAUCUCAGGAAACGAACGGCAGAACAUGAGGCAGCCCAGCAAGAUGUGCAGAGCAAGAUUGUGGCUAAGGACAAUGAGAUCCAGAGUCUGCACAGCAAGCUCACCGAUACGAUGGUAUCAAAACAACAGCUGGAGCAAAGGAUGAUGCAGUUAAUGGAUGCAGAACAAAAGAGGGCGACGGCCGAGGAUUCAAUACAGAGGCAGCUUCAGGAGCUGAUGGAACAGAACGAGGCUUUAAAAGCCCAGCUUCAGAAGUUCCAUUCCCAGAUGGCAGUCCAGAGUUCGGCAUCAGCCCUUGCAGAAGAAUUGCACAAGGUGAUUGCAGAAAAGGAUAAACAGAUAAACCAGGCUGAGGACUCGUUAGCCAACGAGCGCAUCAAGCUAACCAGCAAGGAGGAGGAUCUCAUGGUUGUACAGAACAUGAACAUGUCCCUCAAAGCGGAAGUGCAGAAGUUGCAGGCGCUCACCAACGAGCAGGCUGCUGCUGCGCAUGAGCUGGAAAGGAUGCAGAAAAGUACUCAGGCCAGAGAUGAAAAAAUCAGAGCGCUGGAGGAGCAGCUUCAGGGACACCAUGCCAAAGCUUCAAGUGCAAAAGAGGAACUUCAGGUUCUAAAGGAUCAAAACAAAGCGCUGCAGUUGGAAGUUCAGAAGCUGCAGGCUCUCUUGUCUGAGCAGACUAAUAAGGAUUUGUUGGAGCAAAUGGAAAGAAGCAUGACAGACAAGGAUGACAAAAUAAAGACGGUUGAGGAACUCCUUGAAGCUGGACUCAUAGAGAUGGCAAAUAAAGAAGAUGAGCUAAAGGCACUGAGAACAGAGAACGCAUCCUUGAAAAGUGAAGUUGAAAAUCUGCAGAGAGUACAAACAGAGCAGGUUUCCUUUGCAACGUUGGUGGAAGAAUUACAAAAAGUAAUUAGUGAGAAGGAUGGGAAAAUCAAGUCUGUGGAGGAACUGCUUCAGGCUGAGGUCCUUAAAGUUGCCACCAAGGAAAAAACUGUCCAGGGUUUGGCACAGGAAAUAGAGGCUCUGAAAGAAGAAAUAGGAAAGGCCCAGCUUGGAAAGGACACACAGAUAUCAGCUGCCCAAGAAGUCAGAGAUCUUCAGAAUCUAUUGAAGAGGAAAGAGGAGCAGGUGACAAGUAUGGAGGUGUCAUUGAGAGAAAAGGAGAGUGAGAUUGCCAAGAAAGGAGAGUGGCUUCAGGGACAACAGGAUACACUGCAGCACUUGAACAACAAAGUCAAGGAACUCGAGCAGCUGAACUCUCAGCAGGUUUCUGCUUCUUCGUCGAUCAAGGACCUCGAGGCUCUACUGAAAACGAAGCAAGAAGAAAUGCAAAAGAUGGAGAUCUUACUAGAUGAGAGGGGGAAAGAAGUUUCUCACCAAAGGAAAGAGUUGCAGGUCGCACAGGAGGAGAAUCGGUUACUAAGAGCACAGAUUCAUGAAAUAAAGCAGGAAAAUGGCGAACAGGAAUCUCUGGCCAUCAGGAAUGAACAGCUUCUACAGCUCAUCACGGGGAAAGAGGGGGAGAUCGCCAGCCUCCAGAAGGAGCUGGGCUCCUUGAAACAUGCGGUGGAGCAGCAGAGGCAAAAGAACAACGACCUUCGAGAGAAAAACUGGAAAGCAAUGGAAGCAUUGGCCUCAACUGAAAAAUUGCUGCAAGACAAAGUGAACAAGACUGCUAAGGAGAGGCAGCAGUAUGUGGAGGCUGUUGAAGCGGAGACGAGAAGCACACUGCAGAAGCUGUUCCCCAUAGUGUCUCUUCCUUCCACCUUGAGCCACAGUGACUGGAUGCGUGGGUUUGAAAAGGCAGUAAGAGAACAUACAAAAGAUACAUCUCGACCAGAGGAAAUUAAGGCCAUGGAGCAGAAGUUGAAGGAGGCAGAGGAGAUGCAUGUCAUGUUGCAGCAGGAGUGCGAGAAGUAUAAAGUAGUCCUUGCAGAGACGGAGGGAAUCUUGCAAAGACUACAGAGGAGUGUGGAAGAGGAGGAGAGCAAAUGGAAAAUAAAAAUCGAAGAAUCGCAGAAGGAACUUCAACAGAUGCGCUCAUCGGUCGCUCCUUUGGAGCAGGCGGUAGAAAGAUUAAAGGAAGAAGUCAAAGAAGUUGAUUCUCUUAAAAAGGAACGAGAACAUCUGGAACAUGAACUGGAGAAGGCAGAAAUAGAGCGAUCCACGUAUGUUUCAGAAGUCCGGGAGCUCAAAGAUCUGUUGACUGAAUUGCAGAAAAAACUUGAUGACUCAUAUUCUGAAGCAGUAAGGCAGAAUGAAGAGUUAAAUUUGCUGAAAACCCAGUUGAACGAGACUUUAUCCAAACUCAAAACUGAUCAGAGCGAGAGGCAGAAACUAGCAGUUGACUUGCCUAAGGCCCAGGAAUCGCUCAUUACUCUAGAAAGGGAAAUAGGAAAAGCUGCAGGGGACACCAAUGUGAUUGAGAACAGUGACGUCUCCUCACAGACGGCAGGGCCCGAUAAAAGCCUCAACAUAGCCAUGAGUCUGAGCCAGGACGUUGCCCAUCUCAAGAAACUGCUUGCGUCAGUCAGCCAACUGCUUGUGAAAGGAAAAGAACACUACCAGCUACUAGAAUGAAAUCAUGGGGAGACCGUUAAUUUGGGGGUAGCAGAAGGCACUGUAUUUUAUAUUUUGCCAAAUUAAAGCCUUAUUUAUGUGUUCACAACCCUUUCUACUUCGUCAAACACUGAACAGAGUUUUGUCUUUUCUACUCCUUGUUAGACUACUGAUUUAAACAAGAUGAUGAAGAAGAAGACUCUGCAGACACCUCCAGAGUUUAGUUUUAUAAUAAAUAAAUAAACAAAACAGUUUGGAUAAAUUAGAGCUUUACAUUCCUGGAGCCUACAGUGAACGUGUAACCUCUUGUCUUUACUAUGCUCAGUAAAACUUGUUCAGACACACCCACCUGACGUGGUAACAGCAGCAGCAGCAAACAGUAACGUUUUAAUACUGACAGUCUACACUGUUUUACUUAGAUUUCGGGGAGUAGAAGCCUCUGACUUCCACCUUCAAUUAAACACUCCUCCCCUCUCCUUCUCUCCCCUGCCCCCUUUUUUUGGUUGCUAAUGUAAUCAGUUUUUGUAAUGGUGUCGGCGAAUAAAGGGAUGCUUAUUACUCAGA